CCGUAUUUUUCCUUCCUUUUCGUUUCGGAGGCAGCUGUUACGCAUGCCAUGAAACACUACCAAAUAUUAAUCAAUGAUCCUAAUGAAGAAUUAUUUAGUGACAUUUAAUAAAACCACAAGGCCUACCUGAUGGAGUUCCAGACACUUCUUUUAAAUUUGGAGCGGUCGCUUAGUGACUCUGACUUCCAGGCCCUGAAGUUUCUGUGUGUGGAUCUAGUUGAGCGGGACUUGAGUGGCCAUGACCGUGGUGCAGAACUCUUCACCUUGCUAAUGGACCAGGAUCACUUAACAGAUGAAAAACGCUCCCUGCUCACAGAACUGUUACAAUCUUGCCAUCGACAAGACUUGAUAAAAAAGCUGGAGCUUCCAGCUAUGCUGCCUGGCGAGUUUUACAUCUCAGAGUACAGAAAACUCCUCUUUGGCCUCUCUGAGAACAUCACAGAGAAAGAGCUCGGAAGCAUGAAGUUUUUGCUCAUGAAAUCUCUGCCCCGCAAGAAACUGCAAGACGACAUGACUACUCUUCAGCUUCUUUUGGAGAUGGAGAAAGAGGACAAACUAAGCUGUGAAAACCUGGACACGUUGAGAGACAUGCUGAAAUCCAUUUGCCCUUGCUUAGUGAAACGAAUCGACAAUUUCAAGAGUGACACAAGUCAAAGACCUACAGGUAAUCAUGUAUCAGGUCAACCAUCAACCAUCGGUCCAGUGUGUCAAGAGACUGGAGGGAAAGCGAAUGGUGUGUCAUACGAGGUGUCUAGUACUGAACAUCCUGCUGAACUGUCAGAGACGUCCAUCUCAGAGUCCCACCACAGUGUCCCCACAAGUGACCUAGAAAAUAUGAGUAUUCAAAGCAGCCUGGUUGACGAUGAUGACGUACGGAGCCACAACUUGGACUACUCGUCGUUGCCUGGAGCCAGUAAUCUGAAAGAUGAGCAGUCACCUCUCAGUUCGUCACCACUUGCUGAAAUGGACCUGCCAAAAUAUGACAUGAAGGGAGACAAGAGAGGCGUGUGUUUGAUCAUCAACAAUCACAACUUUUCACGGUCUGUGAAGAAGCUAGGCAACCGAGAUGGAACAGAAUGUGAUGAACGUGUAUUAAAGGACGUAUUCACAUGGCUGAAGUUUGAUGUGGCGAUCAAGCGGGAUUGCAGCAAGCAGGAAAUGCUGAAGGUCCUGAAAGACCUGAGCCAGAGGGACCACUCCGCGGCCGACUGCCUGGUGUGCUGUGUCCUGAGCCACGGCCUGGAGGGCACCGUGUACGGGGUGGACGGGCUGGAGGUCCGGGUGCAGCAGCUCACAGAGCCCUUCGCAGGCAACGGCUGCGCGUCCUUGGUGGGCAAACCUAAACUCUUCUUCAUCCAGGCGUGCCAAGGCACCAAGGAGCAGCAGACGGUGCCGAUACAGUCCGACGGUCCCGUCGCCUGGUCGACCUCUGUGGAUGCAGCGGUGCCUGAUCAGCGGUCGUUCGCGCCCUCCAUUCCGGACGGCGCAGAUUUCCUGCUGGGCAUGGCCACCAUACCUGAACACGCCUCCUUCAGGGAUACGAAAGAUGGCACCUGGUUCAUUCAGUCACUGUGCGAGACACUGCGGACUCUGGUGCCCAAGGGGAUCGACUUGUUGUCCAUCAUGACAGAAGUGAACAAUGACGUUAGCAGGAAAGCAUAUGAUCACAGGAAGCAAAUGCCACAACCAGUGUACUCUCUACGGAAGAGAGUGGUUUUCCCCAUCCCCAGCAAACCAGCACCUAAAAGUGUCAAGCACAAAACGUUUUUUGCUAAAAUGUUUUGAUUUUUGCAAGUGGACAUCAUGUGUUGGAUUGUACAAAUGUACUUUUUAAUAUUUUUUUUAAAAAAAAUUAGUUUU